CUUAUUAAACAGUUAGGACUUCGUCGCUUGGAAAGCGUACUGCCUCGCGGUUAGGACUCGACAAGUAGAUCUCCAGGGAGAAUGCCGCCACGUAGAGGUACACGCCGAGGAGGUGGUAGGGGAGGCAGAGGAGCCGGUCGUGGCCAGCCGGAGGCGCCACCUGUUGCACCGGCAGUCGACCCAAACGCACCGGUCACCCAGGCGGAUCUCGCCGCGAUGGAGCAGCGUUAUCAGGACAUGCUGCAAGCUGCUUUGGCGCCUUUCCUUGCCGCCCAGCAGAACCAGGCCGCCCCUGUUCAGGCCGAGGCCGCCCCUGCUCAGGCCCAGGCCGCCCCUGUUCAGGCUCAGGCCGUCGCUCCUCCAGCCCCUGAGGAAGCUCAACCAGUACCAGUUCAACUGUCGGCCGAGGCGAAACACUUACGGGAUUUCAGGAAGUAUAAUCCCAAGACCUUUGACGGAUCCAUGGACAACCCCACAAAGGCCCAAAUGUGGUUGACGUCCAUAGAGACCAUUUUCCGGUACAUGAAGUGCCCAGAAGACCAGAAGGUGCAGUGUGCAGUCUUCUUCUUGGAGGACAGGGGCACCGCCUGGUGGGAGACCGCGGAGAGAAUGCUAGGGGGCGAUGUAAGCAAAAUAACAUGGGAGCAGUUCAAGGAGAACUUCUAUGCUAAGUUUUUCUCCGCCAAUGUGAAGCACGCCAAGCUGCAAGAGUUCCUAAACUUGGAGCAAGGCGACAUGACGGUGGAGCAGUACGACGCCGAGUUCGAUAUGCUGUCCCGCUUUGCUCCCGAUAUGGUAAGAGAUGAGGCUGCCAGGACGGAGAAAUUUGUUAGAGGACUCAGGCUAGACCUUCAGGGCAUUGUCAGAGCCCUCCGCCCAGCCACGCAUGCUGAUGCACUACGUAUAGCACUGGAUUUGAGCCUGCCUGAGAGAGCCGAUGCGUCUAAGGCUGCCGGCAGAGGGUCAGCCUUGGGACAGAAGAGAAAGGUUGAGACGCAGCCUGACGUAGCACCGCAGCGAACACUGAGGUCAGGAGGUGUCUUCCAGAGACACCGACGGGAGCUUGCAGCAGCCGGGAGGACUCUGAGAGAGCUACCCGCUUGUACUACCUGCGGGAGAGUCCACGGAGGUCGUUGCUUGGCUGGAAGUGGAGUCUGCUUUAGGUGCAGACAGCCGGGGCACACUGCUGAUAUGUGUCCUCGGAAACCCUUUGAGGCGACACCGCCCCAGCCUUCUGCGGCCCAGCAGGGGAGAGUUUUCGCCACUACCCGGCAGGAGGCCGAGCGAGCUGGCACUGUGGUGACAGGUACGCUCCCAAUUUUGGGGCACUAUGCUUUUGUGCUAUUUGACUCUGGGUCAUCCCACUCGUUUAUAUCCUCCGUUUUCGUGCAGCAUGUGGGUUUAGAGGUAGAGCCUUUGGGUAGUGUUUUGUCGGUUUCUACUCCAUCUGGGGAGGUCCUGUUAUCCAAAGAACAAAUAAAGGCAUGUCGGGUAGAGAUAGCGAAUCGUAUGUUAGACGUGACCUUGCUAGUGUUAGACAUGCAGGAUUUUGAUGUGAUACUAGGCAUGGAUUGGCUAUCAGCCAACCAUGCAAAUAUAGACUGUUAUGGCAAGGAAGUUGUCUUCAACCCUCCCUCCGAGGCUAGUUUCAAAUUCAGGGGGGCAGGCAUGGUAUGUAUACCCAAGGUCAUCUCAGCCAUGAAGGCUAGUAAACUACUCAGCCAGGGUACUUGGGGUAUUUUGGCAAGCGUAGUGGAUGUGAGAGAGCCGGAAGUUUCCCUAUCUUCCGAACCAGUGGUAAGAGAGUACCCCGACGUUUUUCCAGACGAACUUCCAGGACUUCCGCCUCCCAGAGAAGUAGACUUCGCUAUCGAGUUAGAGCCGGGCACUGCCCCAAUCUCGAGGGCCCCUUACAGAAUGGCUCCAGCCGAACUAAAGGAGUUGAAGGUCCAGUUACAGGAGUUGCUGGACAAAGGCUUCAUCCGGCCCAGUGUGUCGCCUUGGGGAGCCCCAGUAUUGUUCGUGAAGAAGAAGGAUGGGUCAAUGCGCCUUUGUAUUGACUACCGAGAGCUGAACAAGGUGACAGUCAAAAACCGCUACCCCUUGCCCAGGAUUGAUGACCUGUUCGAUCAGUUGCAGGGAGCCACCGUCUUCUCCAAGAUCGACCUGCGAUCAGGCUAUCACCAGUUGAGGAUUAGGGACGGUGACAUCCCCAAGACGGCCUUUCGAUCGAGGUACGGACAUUACGAAUUCGUUGUGAUGUCUUUCGGCUUGACUAACGCUCCUGCAGUAUUCAUGGAUCUGAUGAACAGGGUGUUUAAGGAGUUUCUAGACUCGUUCGUCAUAGUCUUCAUUGACGACAUCCUCAUUUACUCAAAAACUGAGGCUGAGCACGAGGAGCACUUACACCAAGUUUUGGAGACCCUUCGAGCCAACAAGUUGUAUGCCAAGUUCUCCAAGUGUGAAUUCUGGUUAAGGAAGGUGACGUUUCUUGGCCACGUGGUUUCCAGUGAGGGAGUUUCAGUAGAUCCCGCAAAGAUUGAAGCGGUGACCAACUGGACCCGACCGUCCACGGUUAGUGAAAUUCGAAGUUUUCUGGGCUUGGCAGGUUACUACAGGAGGUUCGUGGAAGACUUCUCACGUAUAGCCAGCCCGUUGACCCAGUUGACCAGGAAGGGAACCCCUUUUGUCUGGAGUCCAGCAUGCGAGAGGAGCUUUCAGGAGCUCAAACAGAAGCUAGUGACGGCACCGGUCCUGACAGUGCCCGAUGGUUCGGGAAACUUUGUAAUCUAUAGUGACGCCUCCAAGUUGUGUGGGCAUUCUCAAUGUAUUACUAAUGGCGUCAAGAUUAUUCCUUUAUUUAUCAACGCUUUACACUCGGCAUCGGAGGAUAGACGAUCUUUCGAUGCUCAUGUUACGAUGUCUGAAGAGAUCUUAUCUCCUAAUGCGUUAUCUCUCGACAUACUAAAGAAGCAUCAGUAUAUCAUGAUUUUCUUGUAG